CCAUCAAGUAUAGAAAUAAGGCUCACGUCAAAAGUAUCGCGCCGUUAUCAAAUGUACAGCUUAAUAUCCGAAAUUGUUCUCUUUUUGAAUAAUUUUUCUGUCAAAAGAGAUAUUUCCAAAACUAGAGCGGUAAUCGAAAAUCGACCGACAAUUUGCUGAUGUAAUAUCUUAUUUACUGCUACAUCGACGUUGUUGAUACCGUUCUACGAUUGCUUUAUUUUAAUAAUAAUGGAUAAAAAUAAUGCAGCAAAAUCGAUUCCGGCUUUUUACGCUGGACAAAGUAUACUUUUGACAGGCGCAACAGGUUUUUUGGGCAAAGUAUAUUUCGAAAAGAUACUGCGAUCUUGUCCGGAUGUUCGAGAAAUAUUUAUAUUGAUGCGUCCGAAAAAAGGACUAAAUAUUAACGAAAGACUCGAGCAAAUAUUAAACUUACCGUUAUACGAUAAAUUACGACAAGAGCAGCCUUUACAUUUUAAGAAAUUAAUUCCAAUUUCUGGCGAUACCAGACAAGAAAAUUUAGGUUUAUCAGCUGCCGAUAGACAAAUGCUGAUUGAAAGAGUAAAUAUAAUAAUUCAUGCAGCCGCAUCCGUGAAAUUUAACGAUACUUUAAAAUACGCCAUCCUUACUAAUACUAGAUCAACGAGAGAUAUAUGUAUCUUAGCCGAAUGUGUGAAGAAUCUAAUCGCCUUAGUAUAUGUUAGCACAGCAUAUUCACAUUUGGAUAAUCCAUUUAUAGAAGAAAAAUUAUAUUCACCUGUAGAUGAUUGGCGGAAAAUGAUAAAAAUGGCUGAAUCAUUGGAUGAGCAUAUCUUAAAUAUUUUUACAGCUAAAUGUUUGAAUAAUAUUCCCAACACUUACAUAUUUUCGAAAAACUUAACGGAGAGUGUAAUACAGGAAUAUUCUUUGUCCUUGCCUUGUGCAAUUGUGAGACCUUCCAUAGUGAUGAAUUCGUGGAAGGAUCCAAUUCCAGGAUGGAUCGAUACUUUUAAUGGUCCAAUAGGCCUGAUGGUUGCUGGCGGAAAGGGAUUACUACGAGUAUUAUUUGCUAGUAACUAUAUUUCACAAAAUUACGUACCAGUAGAUACUGUCGUCAAUACUAUAAUUCUUGUAACUUGGAAGCUUGGAUUGACAACUUUCACACCAGCUUCUACAUGUUUUGUUGUAAACUGUACUUUUCCGGAUGAAAAAAAUAUAUCCCUUAGGGAAUUUUGCAAUUUGGAAUUUAAACUUUCGGAGAACGUACCACUGGAUGGAAUUGUUUGGAAACCUAAUACAUUAUUUACUGAAAGUUAUGUUAUGGGCUAUGUACUGACAAUAGCGUUGCAUAUCUUACCAGCUAUAUUAAUAGAUCUGGUUUUAAAAUUUUUGAGAUAUCGACCUAUGGUAUUGGAACUGCAAAGAAAAAUAUAUGUGUCCAAUCGUGCUUUACUACAUUUUAUGAUUAACGAAUGGAAAUUUGAUAAUACAAAUAGUCAAGAUUUAAUGGCACUGAUAUCAUCUGAUGAUCGAGAAACAUUCUCGAUCGAGUUAUCUAAUUUGGAUUUUGAACAGAGUAUCAGGAAUGGAUUGAUAGGAUGUAAAAAAUAUCUUCUUUACGAAGAUAUGAAAAAGUUAGAUAAAGCCAAAACUCAUUAUAAAAGAAUGAAGCUGCUUGAUGCAACAGUAAAAAUUAUUAUCACUAUUACUCUCCUGUGGAUGAUGACCAAGUGGAUAUUAUUUUCAACAUUUUAGAUUACUAAUUUAAAAAAUUUAUGCAAUAUAUAU